UCGACUUCUGGAAGCAAAUGCCCUGGGUCCCGUCCAUCUUCUACCAACCGCAACCCGUCUCCCCAGGGCCGUGGUCCAUGAUUCGAUGAAGUCACAUUGGACCGGACCCCCCUUGUACAAUCCUGCUUCCUCGAGCCCGCACGAGGUCGUCAUGAACAUCUUGCGGCAUGAUGCCGAUGGCGAGCCGUUCUUCACGAAGGAAGCCUUGCAGGAACUGCGGGCCCAGCUUCUACGUCCCCUCGAGGAAGGCGAGAAGUACGUGGCCAUCGGGAUAGACGGCACCCCCGUGGAAUUCGAGCCAGCCACUGGGCAAGUCAAUGAACAUGUGGAACAUCGAUUCGUCAACGGCCCCGUUGCCCUCGUUUAUCACUCCUGGGGCGUCUUCGUCGGGCAUGCCGCCGAGAAAAAGUACCUGGACGCCGCCUCGUACUGCCGGAUCGUCCCCAUGCACAUCCAACAAUGGAUCAACCCGGAGACCGACGAGAUCUUCGUUCUGCCUCCGCGGCCCGUCGAGGAACCCAGUCGACUUCUGCGCAGCGCGGUCUUCGCGUGGGAGCCCAGUGCCACCUGGGCGACCAUCCGCGAGGUGCUGGUGGCGGCGCGCGAGAAGCACACGAUCACCAACUUCGUGGGCUUCGCGUGCGGGCCAAUGUUCGGAGACAGCCCGUCGGCGACGCAGCACGCGCUCGUCUGGAUGAUCAUCCGACUCUUCCGCAGGGACGGCAAGGGCGAGUCGGACGAACCCUUGGCUUGCUCGCUGCAGGACUCGAUCUACGACGCCCAGGAUAAGCGCCUGCUGAACCUGCUGAAGAUGAACGUCGUCGAGGAUCCGCAGGCUUUCCUGGAUGUGGAGGAUUCCUCGAUCGUCUUCACCUGCAACUCGGACGUGCCGGUCAAGGAGAUCGUGCUGGAUAUCGCGCGUCCUGCUAUUAUGAUCGUCGACGAUAUUACCCGCAUUAACUCGAUCUACGAUCCGGUCACUAAUCGUGUCCUCAAGGCGAUCGGGGAAUCGUAUGAGAUGUUCGACUUCCCGGACCAUGAGGCGUUCGGGCAGAUGGCUAUCUACGUGAGAAAGUAG